AUGUCGCUCAACGGCUCUAUGCAAGCCGUCCUUUGGGGAGGCGUGCCAUUUCAGAUGAACGUGACCUCAGUUCCAGUUCCAACCAUUCGAGAGCCAACUGAUGCUCUCGUCCGGAUCUCAGCCUCGGCUCUUUGCGGGACUGACCUGCACACUUACCAUGGCUUGUUCGGAAGUCCCAAUGUUCCCUGGAUCAUGGGUCAUGAGGGCAUGGGCUACGUUCAGGAGAUUGGAGACUCAGUCAAUUUCCUCUCUGUUGGAGAUCUUGUCGUUGUCCCGAGUCAAGCCGAUGUUGGUCAUCUCCCUGUUCUCGGGCCAGCCUCGCCUGAGGGGUUUGGUUUGGGCACUACGUAUGGUGAUGGAGGUGGCUGUCAGUCGGAGUACGUCCGUGUACCCUUCGCCGACGAUAGUCUUAUCCCUGUCCCUGGUCGCACCAAUGCGACCAGUGGGACCAAUAGUACCAACAGCACCGUCGAUGACAUGGAAUACCUCUUUCUCUCGGAUAUCUUUCCGACCGGCUGGGCAGCUCUCGACUUUUCCAACUUUGAGCCUGGUGAUACUGUUGCAAUUUUUGGAGCUGGCCCUGUCGGUCUACUAGCUGCCUAUUCUGCCGUCCUUCGCGGGGCAAACAAGGUCUACGUGGUUGACUACGUCCAAGACCGUCUCGAUCUCGCCGCAUCCAUUGGAGCUAUCCCCAUUAACUUCCGCGAAACAGACCCCGUCGAGCAGAUCAUGGCCAGUGAACCUAACGGUGUUGACCGAUCCCUUGACUGCGUGGGUGCAGAAGCUGUGAAUACCAGACUCGAGAGGCAGCAGAAUGUCAUCCUUAACCAGAUGAUUGAGGUGACAAGACCCCGCGGUGGUAUCGGCAUUGUUGGUGAACACUCGACUGUGGGCAAUGAUACUGCUGGCGCACCUCUUGGAAGCACCUUGCAGCCUAUCUACGAGCUCCCAUUCUCUCAGCUGUACAUGAAGAGUCUGUCGAUUCGGGGUGGCUCAGUCGAUCCUAAGCUUUACGCUGCCCAACUCAUCGAGCUUAUCGCCAGUGGAAAGGCCCGCCCUAGUUUUAUCAUCAGUGCACUGAUCGACAUGGAGGAGGUCCCUGAGUAUUACGAGCGUUUCGAUAGGCGAGAGGAGGUAAAGGUGGUUAUUCGCUUUUAA